UCCCAGGCAUUUGUCAUAAAGCUGCUCAUCUAAUUACUCAACUGAAGACGAGCUGUUCAGUGAUGGUUUCAUUUCGCCUUGGCGAUCAGUUCAAAGGUAUUUGCUUUGCGCAUGCAGACUAAAGAAACAUUGCGAUAACAGACUGGAGGCAGCGCUCUAAAACGUUCUGUGGUAUUCAUUCCCCCGAGUUUUCAACACCUUUUGACUGAGACCAGCCUGGUUAGCCAAAAGUUAUCGACGGUGGGAUAAAAAUCAAGCUCGGACGCGAGCUCUGGAAAAAAAAAACAAAAACCAAGAGAUCAGGCGACACAACUUGCUAUCAAGCAGCGAAGAACGGAACCCUCAAAUGGCCGCAAAUGAAAGUCAAACGACGAAAUUUAAAAAUCUAAUGGAUUUGUACAUGAAGUUUGAGCUUGCAGAGGGAAUUUGCCUGUCAGUCCUGUCUAUUUUAACGGUUUCCACCAACAUUCUACUCUUGGUAGCAAUUUGGAAAGACCCUGAGAGAAGUUUUAGAUCUCCAACUACUUACUUCUUGAUAGGCCUUGCUAUUGCAGACCUCUUCACUGGCAUAUCGACCGAACCAUUUUUCGCCGUAUUUUACAUCAUGAAUUUCCAGAGUGGAGGCAAACAUAUUCCUAGCAUGGUAACCAAACUCUACAACAUAGGACAGUCAAUAUCGACUGUAACAAUAAGCUCCUCGUAUUUGAUAAUCCUGGGUCUUUCGAUAUCGCAAUACAUCGCCAUUAAGUGGCCACAUAAGUACAAAGUUUUAAUCACGCGAAAUCGCGUCAUCGCAAGUGUCGUACUGAGCUGGGUGUAUUUUAUUUGUUUCACACUGGUACUUUCUUGCACUCCAAACAUUGAUUCCAAAUUGUUUCUUAAGGUAGACUUAGCCUUGCAUCCUGUUUUGAUAUCCACUGUUUUAUUCAUAACGUUAAUUUUAUUAUACAGAGUUUUCUCGCAGGAAGUCCAGCGAAGGCGAUCAUACCGAAAGUCAAACAUUCAGAACGGAACUGUCAAAGGCAAAUCAGAAAAUCUUCAACGGCAAUUUAUAAUUGUCACCUUUUAUUUAGCAGCGAUUCUUUUGAUCUCAGCUUUACCUCAUAUCGCUGUUCAGUUUGUCUGGCUUUACGCAGAGCUUUCCGAAGAAGGGUUAUAUUAUAUAUUCAUGGCUUUACGAGUUCGAGAUUUGUUGCUAUUUCUCAAGGUAGCGCUCGAUGCCUUCAUAUACGCUUGGCGAUUGCCAUCAUAUCGUAAAGCCUUAAAAAGGUCGAUAAACUAUUCAAAGCGUGGUAGUAAAUCUUCGGUUGAAAUAAAAGCGUGAGUUGAGCAAAGGUGGAAAAAAUAUAUUUCGUCAUAUUGUGAAAAAAUAAUAGAAAAAAAAAAACGAAGUAAAAUAUAACAAACGGCUUUUAGAAAGCAGUUGUUGCUUUUUUCUUAAGGGGCCUGUGCAAAUUGUUAAAUUAAACCGGAGAACCGCCUUUUGUAGAAACAUCAGCGGGAAGUGAAAACAAAAUUAUUUUUCGAUCACUUUGAUCGGUUGAGGACUCGAAAAUUAUCAAUUUACUACAGUAUAACUUUCAAAAGACUGUCUCACGUUUGGACGACGCUUGGAACAAUUAACUUAGUCUGCAAUUUAUGUCAGAACGAUUCUUGAUAAAUA